AUGAGGUGGCAGUGCGAUCUCUUCGGCUUCUUUCACCGGCCACGUACUUGGUACAUGCUCUCACCUAACGUCUACCUUAGCCUCUGCACUGAAGCGCAUAUGGAGUACGUUGGAUGGGAAAAGUAUGAAAAGGUCCGUCCCCUCACCCCCCAUCGACUUUCGACUGUCCAAUCUGCGUUGUCCACGAGGCUGGCUGGCAAUGCCAACUCAUCCCAAGAGCCAAUCACUCUCUGCCAGCCUAACCCGGCAUCAACCCACCACAUUUCGCCUGUCGUGCCUGUCGUUCUCAUCCAAUACGCUAGCCCGCCCGGUCAGCGGUCAGCGGUCAGCGGUCACACCGCGAGACCCUGUCAAGACCCUGUCUUGCCAUUUCUCGUCCCGGUUCAUGUUGAGCCGCUUUUCUUGAUCCAACCAAUGUCCUCAACUCGUACUUCGUCGCAGGCCCAUCUAAGGAACCCCAGUGCCCAGGGCUCAGGGCACCUGAUGCAUCCCAUGCAAGAUCCUCGGCGGGAGGCGAGGACGAGGGUACGGAUGUCCCACCAGCAAAAAAUGGCAAGCCUGAGGGAGGGCGGCACAUCUCUGGCUACCUGGCCCACUACCGACAAUACUGAAGCACCGGAGCUUGACUUCUUUGCCCUGCCCUCGCAACGGCCCAGUGCUCGUGUCGGGCAUCAACCGCCCAACUCCCAACGAAAGCAGGAUCCGACCCCAUGUGUAACCAUGCGAUGCGGCUCCCGAGUGGGAGGUGUCAUCUUCAUUCUGGGUCGGCCUUACAGGAACUUGCACCACAAAAGGGGGAAAAAAGAGAAGAAAGAACGGGAAAAGAAGGAAUAUUUCGCAUUGGGCCCAGAGCCCAAGGAAGGCCAUAGUCAUAGACAGGGCUUCUUGAUCCGCCAACUCGGAGGAUGCAAGAGAUGGGAGAUGCCUCCGUCAGUCGGAACCUCUUAUAGUCAUUUAUUCAUUUUUAAUUACAACAUCUGUGUCGUUGCUAUGUCGCUCGCAUCUCCUUCGCAAAAUGGACGCCUAUGGAGGGCCCAAAGUCCACCUGGCCAGGCCCUACAGGAUGCCUUAACCCAAUGA